UUUCCUGAAUGCUGCCACACGUGGUUAGCUGACAGUGAGGAUUCCCUUAUGCUGUGAGUUGUGCGCUAGCUCGCACUCAUCAUGGGGAAUAAGCGCCGGAGUUCGGCUCCUAUGGAGCCUGCUGAGCAAGAAGCAAAGAAACCCAAACCCCUGGAAGUGGAGUUCACCGGGACUCACUUCAAAUCCAUGCUAAAGGAUCCGCAGACUGCCCUGAAAGGUUUGGGACAAUUUUUAAACCUAUCCAGAAAACUGCCUUCCACUGAUUUGUAUGACGUGGUCGAGGGGUACAUCAAGAUCUCUGUGGAAUGCAUCGAGAUUCUCAAAUUGUUAGAUGGAGAGAGACGCCCUGAAAAUGAAAAUAUGAUAAUUUUUCAAGUUCUGGAGGCUAUUUUAUUGAGGACCGCCAGCGACCUCUCACACUUAAACGUGGCUGGUGUCAACAUAGUGAAGACCAUGCUGAAUUCACACAUGAAGAUUAUAUAUGCGUCUGUAUACUCGGUGACCCACAGGAUGUCUCGAAUUUGCCUUAAUUUGUUGUCUGCAAUGGUGACUCAAGGACCAGAGUGCGCCAGGGAUGUUUUUAGCCAUUUUGAUUUUAACAACAAGUUCCUGCCAGGGUUGUUAAAAAAGAGAGAUAAACAGGGGAGACCGGAUGUCAGGAUGGCGUAUAUUCAGUUUGCUCUGUCUUUCCUGAUUUCUGGAGAUAACACAACCAUCGUUCAAGUCCUAGAACUAAAAGAUUUCAUUGGAGAGAUUUUCAGCACUGGUGUAAAGGAAGACAGAAUUUCUAUUGUUAAUCUCCUGCUUUCGCUGCUUGGAACCAAGGUUGUUCACAAUAAAGUAAUCACAAAGACGCAGAAAGUUCGCUUCUUUACAUCAGUCAUGUUAAAUCACAUUGCUUCGCUUUACCGCUGGAACGGUAUCGUUGAUGUGAGCACAGAGGAUGUCAAGAAUGUCAAGGAUACAAAGGAAGCUGGAAAAGUCAUGGUGAGGGAAUUGGUUCAUGGUUUCCUUAUGGACCUCUGCUGUUCGCUGAAGCAUGGAAUUAAUUUCUACGAUCCAAGUCUCGGCACGGCUGGAAGGGCUGGGAAUUUGGUACUUUUGAGGUUUUUGGUUUCCCUUAAAAGUGCCACCGAAGAUGACCUGGUAGCUGAGCUCGCGGUGAAUAUACUCAAGGUGUGCCCUGAUUUACUGGGAAGGUACUUUAAAGAAACCCAGUAUUCAUUCGCUCCGCGUCUCAAAUCUGCCUGGCUGGACAAUAUCAAAUUACUUAAAAAGAUUUAUGAAGCCCUGCCACCGGUCUCUGCUGCUUUCAGGACGACCGAGUUUGUCCCGUUCCCGCGACUCAUAUCCAUGGUGAUGGUAACUACAGUAGCGCCCGUCUGUAACAAGGCCUUCUUCACACAGGGACUAAAUCUGCCAAACAAAAUAGUUAAGCACACGAUCCUGUCCCUCGUGUCCGCCAUACUGAAGCGGGCAGAGCAGAACAUCCAUCACUGCCUGCGAGAAGAUGUCUGGCAAAAAUCUGAAAUAUACACGCUGGCUGCAAUGGCCGAAUUCUCCCAGAAAUACAAAGAAGCCCUCAGUAAGCUUUUGCCAGAUAUGAAUACCGUUGUAGCUGUAUGGCAAUCCCUUUUAAAGACAGAAGGCGCAGAAGCUGAUGGUAAAAAGGGCGCCGAAGAGACCCCGGAUGCAGAAACAAAUCCAACGACCUCAUUCCAGGAAAUUCCCGAGGUUACGGAAGAAGAACAUGGUUCAGAUGACUUCCAAAGCGUUCUCCUGAAGGCCUCCCUCUUGCAGGUCCUGUGUCUGUAUCAGAGGGUCGUUCCACACCUGGUAGCUCAGUGUAACUUCGAUUUCAGCAAACUCCUAAAAGGUAUUGUGAGUGAGAGCGGCAUUCGGGAAGAGGUUCCUCCUAUGCUUCAGCAGCAGAUCCUUCAAGUUGCUCUUGAGCUUCCAGCCAGCAAGUUUUCUUGGUUUAAGUUCCAGUUUCAGGAUGUCCCGGAUGUGUGUGGAGAGAAAUCUGUGUUCUAUCUGCUUCUGAAAAUGUUUGUGUCCUGUAACAAACCACAGCUCAAAAAUUCAACCAGACUAUUGAUUAUAAAGGUUCUUCGUGACAGUGGAGUGUUUGAGUAUACUUGGAAAGAGUUGGACCUCUGGUUGAGACAUCUCGAUAAAGUAAAAGCCGACUCAAGCGAAACGGUCAUCCGGUUUUUGGAACGGGUUUUAAUUAAAGUGGUGUCUAACCCCUAUCCAUACUCCGACAAAGCAGCCGAUUAUGUCCAAGAGGCCAGCGUCCUGCAGACCAGCUCCACCAAGCAGGACUCCGAUACAGUCAGCAUCCCUAUCUCACAUAUCGACGAUGUUCUGGACAUGGUGGAUGUCAUUGUUGAGGGCAGCGAAGGACUCGAUGAAGAGAUUGGCUUUACCCUGGGCGAGGACCUGAUCGUCCAAACGUUUCCUUUUAGUGCUGUUGUACCUGUGGCUUUGGAGGCACGGAAUAAGCUGCUGGCCCUGGAGGAGAAUGGAAAUGAUUGUGUCCUGCAGUAUCUUGUCUCGGUUUUAACGGAUGUCCUUCACACCCAGAGGGACCCACUUGCUCUUUGUCUAAUGAUUCAGUCUUACGACAAAGAAUUAAAUGCUCUAGACGCAAACUCCUCCAAAUAUGCCUUGCUUGGGCGGUUUUAUAAGUACUACAGCCUCUGGGUACCCACUUCUAACAAAGAAACCCUGUUCAGUGGACUUGAUGACUCUGAAACUGGUCUGGCAGAUGAAUCCUCGUACUCCUCGUUGCUGAAGAAGACGUUUAUGAAGAGUGGUCCUUCAGACAGUCACGAAGAAGAGACUCUGAAAGAUGUAAUCUCGCAGGUCGCACUAGAGGAGCUUCCAGUAGCUGUCAGACAUACAGUGCUUUACCUCAAGACGACCGCGGACAACUUCAGCAAGGUGAAAAAAGCUUCUGGAGCAAAUCUAGUCCGCCUUUUCCUGGAUCUUCUACAAGGUCUCCUGCGCAGAUACGAGGUGGCAAAAGCCAGUCACCAACAAGCGGUAGAAGAGACCAAGACCGAGUCGGAGCUCUUUGUGGACAGUGAUUCCAUAAGUGUGCUGGAGUCUCAGGAGAACACGAUUCUGGAAGAUAUACUCGGCGUGAUCUUCAGACAUCCCACUUUGGAGAACUGGUUCUUGGCUCUGGAACGCCAGUCCGUCCCACCGCAUAGCUUAAGCCCUGUGAGCGUUAAAUUGCUGUCCUCUAGUUUGAAUCAAGGCGUCAUCCAGCUGCUGACCUAUAGUGCCCGUCUGCUUCAAGAAAGCAACCAUUUGCAAUUGGCAUCCAAAUAUUUCGACUCCAUCUCAGAAAGCGUCCUAAAGGAACUUGAGUCAUUUAAGAAGAAAUCGAAUAAAAUAUCCCAUCCGUUCGAAGCUUUGCAGAAUUUACACCCGUACAUGGACACCGCGCAACUGAAUCCAAUCACCCUGGCUGUUUUGAGGCUCCCUAAAGAAUUUCUUCUGGUGGAUAAAGAAUUAAGCGCUCAUGGAAGAAUCCUGGUCCAGCUUCUUACUGAAGGUUGUCAGAGAAAGCAACAGCUGGCAGACUUGACCUCCUCCGUGGAGCACGUGAGAGGAGUGGGUAGCCUCCUAUCCACAUCUUCCGCGGGAGAGAUUGAAACGGUGCUGUACGAGGCUCUGCGGAACGAACCGGCGCUCGCCCACGUUUGCGACGUGGAUGUGUUGACCCACUGUCUCAACGAGAUGACCGAGACGUGCCUCUCCGUGGCAGCUCUGCUGAUUCAGAACAGCAGGACCCACUUGCUGCGCUUUGAGUUGUGGUGUUUAAGUCCGGGAAUAGAGAAACGCCUGAAAAAACACAUGGACGUCUACCUGCCGCUGAUCAGCAAGUACUUAGAAUGCCGGGAAAACUUCACGUUUUCACGCCCUUCCGAAGUGUCUUCUGCUGUUCUGCACGUCCUGAAAGAUGCCUUCUGGAGCAAACUGGUGAAGGUGGCGCUAACCCCCGAAACCCCCGAACCUUCGCUGGAUCAAGCGGCGGUGCUUUCCCGGCUCAUCCGAAUAUCCGCUUCCAACGAGUUGGAGAACGUUCUCGAUCAGCUCCCGGAUAUUUUGGCGCAGUCUUGGAGUCGAGAAAAAUGGCUUUUGGCUGAAUCUGUUUCACAAGCGGCAGCCUGUGCUGGGCCACGGAUCUGUUCUUGGAAGCGGACGCUGUUGGCGGCGUGUAUGAAGUGUCUGACUGCCGCGUACAAUGCCAACAAAGAGCAGGAGGAGGGUGCCGCACCGGAAGCAGAGGCUGCCAUGGCUUCCCGUCUCAAGGACCUCAUGCCUUUUGUUAAGGAAGAUGUGCCGGAUGAGUGGAACAAGCUGGUGAAAACCGGACUCAAAUAUCGUUACAAGGACUGCACUUUCUUGGAUGUUCUUAACGCCGGCGUUGUCCAGUGGUACGACUCGGACGGCCCGUGCACCGCGGCCCUGGUGGAGUUACCCGUUGUUCACAUGAUGAUAACGCAGCAUUCCUUAUUUUUGCCCACCCUGCUGAGGUCCCGAGAAGAAGAAGAUGCGCACAGUGACACGCGAGAAUUGUUAGUGGAUCUGCUGAGGACGAUUGUUAAGAAAUGUCCGUCUGUCUGCGAUGGCAAUCACUUUGCUGUGCUACUGGGAGCCUAUGGAGCAACUAUGAGCAGGACAGAUCAGAAAAUCCUGCUCCUCCUGCAGUCAUAUGAAAGGAAUAACCUCAGUCUCACGGAAUUCAGACUGCUUUUAUGGGGACCGGCAGCGGUCGAGCAUCACAAGACGCGGAAAAGCCUCGGGAAGUCCUUGUGGCAGCAGCCGAGUAUGGAGGAGAUCCUCUGUCUGCUGGAUCGUGACAAAAUGAUGAAAACCAUCCUGAAUUUCCCACUGCACCGAAAGCUCACCACAGAGGAGGGGAAAGAAGCGAUAUUUGAAGAUCGGGAAAUAAAAGAUUUAGAUCAUCUUUACGAUCCUUGUUUCCUUCUUCCUCUUUUCAGUGAAUUAAUUAGGCCGGAGCUGGUGGUUGACUGUGCAAAGUUUGUGGACGUGAACGCCUUGGGGCUGACCGUGGUGGCCCUCAGCAGUUAUGAUUACAAUAUGCGGGCGGCAGCCAAUUACAUCCUGGGGUCUUUUGUCUCUCAAAUGGAAGGAGCGCGUUUCCGAGAUAAGAAGCAGCUGCAGUAUCUCAUGGACAUUGUGAAAAAUGGGGUCCGGCAGGAGAACCUGCGCCUGACGUUUCUGUUGGCCCUUUAUGUCGCCAAAGCUGCCCAACAAGUUCUUAAGCCAGAGGACCACAUGUAUAUCAAGAUAUCCAAGUUUAUUUUAUCACAUCAAUACCUGGACAUGAAGAAAGUGCCUGAUUUCUAUAAGCUCUUUUACAGCUUUGAUUUAGAGCACAAAGCAGAGCGUGAAUGGAUUCUCGGGCUUCUGUGCGACGGACUUCGGGACAGGCACUGCUACGAGCUGUGUGAUUACCAGAGGAUUUUCCACGUCGUUCUGGCUUUCUAUAACAGUCCUUUGUGCGACGAAACGUUUCAGAAUCAAAUCAUCGAAAUAUUACUGAAGGCUUCUCGCGUAACCAAAGCCGCUUAUCAGCUCAUCCGUGACCACAGCUUGUUAACCUUCAUACUGAAUAUCCUGGAGAAACGGUAUCUUGAAAAUAAAACAUUGUCCAAUGUGGUAGCUUUAAUCGCUAACUUGUGGUUAACGAAUCUGGGAAAUAAGGGCAGUCCGCCAUCCGGCGAAGAACAGAAGCAAAAGUUCCUCCCUCUUCAUCUGGUCAAUGAAUUUCUCGGCGUGUCGAUGGCGUUGCUCAAACACAUUCGGCCAAAUUUAGACCCCCUCCACUUGAACCAGUUUUUCAGCACCGUGAGCUCUGUGCUGCGAUACCGUUCAGUGGUUCUGGGAGCCUUUAAGGAAAUGGGCCGAUUUGCCGUGAACGAACGGAUGCUGUCGAGCAAGGACAUCCUCCUCCUCCUGCAUAAGUGGAGCACCGUAGAAAAGGACCUGGUCCUUCAGGAGAGGCUCGCUUCUCUGGCUCAGGAACAUAAAGUCAAAGAGCUGCUAAGCACUAUUAAGGAGAAAUAUAAACCUCAGGGUAACCAGCAACAUAAGAAGAAGAAGGACACACGCGAUGAGGCUAUUGUGGAAGAACAGCUGCAGCCACCCAGCCUAGACAUUUCCAGAGAUCACAUGAAAGCCAUAUUAAUCCAGUGGGAGCCUGUUUUUUCAAACCCACCCAUAUCGGUGACCCCAGACAAGUCUGAAUCAAUGACCGACUCUUGCCACUCGACCAAAGACGGUGAGGCUGGGGACAGAAGCGGCGAUGCAGACAUCCUCGUGGGUGCCACAGCCUGCCUGGUCGCCGAGUGGAUUUUAAAUGCUGAAAGCGAGCAUACGCCAGACGUCCAGGACAUCUACAAAUCUUUAUCGUGGUUUCAAAGGAGUAUCCUGCCACACUCCGCCGUGGUGCAGAAACUUCUGAAAAAUAACACGCUGAAAAGCAUCAUUUUUAAGCUGUACAAUAAAGUCUGCGGUCGCGUGACGCUGGAGCCUAGCAGCCUCGAGCUUUUGCACGCCUUCAACAUGGUUAUGGUGCGGUUAAUUGAGAGCCUGGAUUUGGGCAAAACCUCUUGCCAUGGUGCUGUGAAAGAGCUCUGCUUGGUACCCGAUAACAUAGUGGACGACGGUAAGAGAGCUGCAGGUAAUUUCUUGGUGUCUCUUUACGUUGGAGAUGUUUGGCUUGUAGAAAAGUCAACAAACAUGUUUAGGACUCAUGUUGAGGCUGUAUGUUCCGCAAACGAUGUGAAAAUUCCAGUUUCCAAGGAAAAGACUCCUGCUCGGAAGAAAAGGAAAGCCGCCCAGGAAGCAAUUGUGUCCAUUUGUAAAGAAUUGUUGCCUACGACGAUGGCUUCUCCUCGUUGAAUCCGUCGCCUCUUGAGAGCUGCUUCAUCGGUCGACAUGAUGUUAUCGAGCUGACCUGUGUUGUAAACUGGAUCAUCUGUUAAAACGUAUCUGUACCGAA